UUGACCAAAAAUCUGAUUGGCUGUUCUUAAGAACUUCUACGGAUGAGCUAUAGUGCUGGAAUUGCAGUCUUCUCCUAAAAGAAUCCAUCUUUUCCUUUUUUGUGAAACGCCAGCGUUUUCUUCCUGUCUCUAGCAAAAACCAAAGGAAUACUAGUCUGUUUCGUUGAAACUGGAAAGGAACCAUGUCGAUUUGCAGGUUUCUGAAGUGGGUUGUGUUGCUUCUUGUCAUGUUUCCUAGUUUAUUUGACCCUUCACUGUCACACUUUGAUUCAGCUAAGAAGAAACAAAUGCGAGAGAAAGUCCGAAAGAUGUUCUACCAUGCAUAUGAGAACUACAUGACACAUGCAUUUCCGCAUGAUGAGCUCAAGCCUCUUACCAGAAGUUUCACUGACUCACUUAGUGAGCUUGGAAAUUUGAAGCUUGAGCACUUACCACAAAACUAUAAUGGAACUGCCCUUACACUCAUUGAAUCAUUGUCUAGUCUUGUUAUUUUGGGUAACUACACAGAGUUUGAAAGGGCAGUUCUCUGGCUUUCUGAAAAUCUUUCAUUUGAUGUUGAUGCAAGAGUAAACCUUUUUGAGGGCAACAUAAGAGUUCUUGGAGGACUUGUUUCUGCUCAUAUUCUUGCAACUGAUUCUAAGAACAGGCUGGUUCAAGGAUCUUACAAGAAUCAGCUACUUGAUCUGGCUGAAGAUCUAGGACAACGCUUCCUACCUGCAUUUGAUACGCCCACUGGAUUGCCAUAUGCCUGGAUUAACUUAAAGUAUGGAGUCAUGAAGAAUGAGACUACUGAAACAAGCACCUCAGGAUGUGGUUCUCUGAUUCUUGAAAUGGGAGCCUUAUCACGAUUAACUGGUGACCCUAAAUAUGAGUCUGCAUCCUUGCGGGCUCUUCGAAAGUUGUGGAGUAUGCGUAGUUCUUUAAAUUUGCUAGGAACAACACUCGAUGUGGAAACUGGGGAAUGGAUUGAGCAUUCAUCAGGGAUCGGUGCUGGGGUUGAUUCAUUCUAUGAGUAUCUAUUCAAGGCUCACAUUCUUUUUGGAAAGGAGGACUUCUGGAGAAUGUUUCAUUCUGCUUAUCUUGCGGUGCAGAAAUAUUUCAGACAUGGUCCAUGGUACCAUGAAGCUGAUAUGAGGACUGGAAAAGCAACGUAUUGGCAACUGACAAGCCUUCAAGCAUUCUGGCCUGGCCUACAGGUUCUUGUUGGGGAUAUUGAAGCUGCUAACUCAUCACACCGUGAAUUUGUACAUGUAUGGAAGAAGUUUGGGGUGCUACCAGAAAGGUAUUUGCUGGACCAUCAAAUGUUGCACCCUACAGAGAAGUACUAUCCACUGCGCCCUGAAUUAGCAGAAUCAACAUUCUACUUAUAUCAAGCUACUGAAGAUCCGUGGUACAUAGAAGUGGGUGAAGCAAUUGUUGAUUCUCUUAAUUUAUACACCAAAGUCGAAGGAGGAUUUGCAAGCAUUAGGGAUGUCACAACUAUGCAAACAGAAGAUCAUCAGCAUAGUUUCUUUCUUGCUGAAACGUGCAAGUAUUUGUAUCUUCUCUUUGAUGAUUCAUUUUUGGUUGAUCGGAAUUAUAUAUUCACUACCGAGGGUCACCCUUUGCCUGUGCUAAGUGCUUGGCACGAGAGACUGCCAGAGAUAUAUAUCCCAUCAAACUGGACUUAUGUCAAGAAAGAAAAGCCAAAACGAGCAAGUGCAAUGUCUCUGCAAGUCUGUCCUGCAUUGAGUUUGAAUUCAAGACAUGGUGAACAACUGGUUGAGAGUGCUUGCCACAUCCCUGAUGCACGAAAUGACCACAAGUGUUUCAGUGAUGAAGAAUGUGGAGUUGACUCAACUAAUUGUAGACGAAGAUCAUGUAGCCUGGGCGGUUACUGUGGGCUAUGGUUGAUCAUAUGAGACAUUGAUGGAUCAUGAUAUUCUUUCACGACACAGCAAUUUUUUUAUAGGUAAACGAGGGUGAGGGGAAGAGAAAAAGGAUUUCUUAUAAUCUUAAGAACGGUGGAUAGAAAGUCUGGCAGGCAUGCAAUUAUAACAUUAGUUUGAUAAAAUAGAAAAGGGGAGAGCAUUACAUGUUACAGAAUUUCUUCACCAUAACGCAGUUUUGUAUUUUCAUCUCAUUCUUGAAGCAAAUAUCCAGAGAGUAUAUCACUGCUGAAUCUCUUUUCUUAUAAACAUGACAAUUUGCCAGUGCAA